UGUGUGGUGUAGACGUUUUCGCGGUCGAUUUCAGCAAAUGUUCUAGAACCGGUUUUUCGUUGCCACGGACCUCAAAUAUGUUAUCUCUAGUGACAUUUGUGGGUGAACUCUGAAUUUUACUGGAUUUUCUUUAUUAACUCAGAUAAUAUCGAACGGGUGUUUGUGAGUGCGUAGCGCACUCUGUUGGGGACCGGCGGAGUGAGGAGGCGAGACGUGCGGGGAGAGCGGCUUCUUCCCCCUUCCCUUCAGUUUGCCCGAGGAUCGUACAGUGAGAGGACGUUUGAAGUUUUGUCGCGCGAAAGGAUCGUUCGCGCGGCAACUUUGAACAGUGUCAGUGGAGGAACAUUGCGUUGUGAUAACAAAUGUGUGCGGGAUUGCAGUGAAACGCUAAUUGGAUGCAGUGACAGGAUCACUUGUUGGAUUGCAGUGUUUUAUUGGAUACAAUAAAUCAACCAAACUGGGGAUGCACAAGAUGGAACUGGGCGACAGCGUGUACGCCGCUGAGCGUAUAAUGAAGAAGAGAAUUAGAAAGAACAAAGUCGAGUACUACGUGAAAUGGAAAGGCUGGAAACCGAAGCACAACACUUGGGAGCCGGAAGAGAACAUUCUCGACCCCAGGCUCAUACAGAGCUUCGAGAGAGGAGAGGAGCUGAGAAGACAGGGCCGCAAACGGGAACGAGAACACUCCCCGGUCGAACGCGCCCGCAGCGGCUCAGAAGAACGCCAACCGCCCCCCGGGAAGCGCAAGGCCGAAGUGCUUUCGAAGGAGUCCGGUAAAAUCGGCGUCACGAUUACCAUGAGCCCGCCGGCGAAAAAGCACGACUCGACCAAACUGAACGGCGGAAGAACGCACAGCCAGCCCCCGCCGCUCGCCGCGCCCCCUGGAGGCGCCGCUGCGCCGGCAUCUCCCGCGGCAGAGGCGGCCGCACCCCGCACGGGGCCAAGAAGGGCGCCCCAUUCCCCCGAAGAAGCGGACGCUCACACUCCCCCCGAGAGAGAGCGACGCACCGACACGCAGCCCACGGCGACGGCUCCGGCCGAGCCGAAGGGAGCCCGACCCCCGCCUCCUACGCCGCAGCAGGAAGACGAGGACUCCUGGGGGGAGCCCCCCGUCACUCCGGCGCCCCCUCCCCCUCCGCCCUUAAAACGCGGCGCGGCCUUCUGGUCCGCUCGCUCCCCGGUCGCCGACCAGAUCUUCAUAACCGACGUGACCGUGAACCUACAAACUGUGACCAUAAGGGAGUGCAGGACGCAGGACGGCUUCUUCAGAGCACGCGCGGGUCGGCCGCUCGACGUGACGUAAACGCCUCACCAGCCGGAUCGCGGCCCAAUUGUGUCUAAGACGUUGUUUUCGUGUACAUACCUAGGUAGCUAGUAUUUAUUUACUUCAGCGUCGACUCGAUCGAACCGCGAACUUGUGAUGUGAAAGUUUUGAAAGUUGAUGAGGUGACCAGACAUUGUGCAGUUCGGGGUGAUUAUUGUUGGCACAUUGUGGGCACAGUAUAGUCGGUGUGAUCCUCUUUCAGUGGCGAGUCGACAUUGAAUACGAUUGGUUGUUUAUCGGCCCCAGAGCCCCAUUGUACCUCACUUUUGACCACCUUUUUGUACAUAAUAUAGAAGAGCUAUUGUCAAUUGUUAAAAAUUGUCUAUUAUUUGUUGAAUUAUUAUAAACAAUGACUGGUUUCAGUGCGUACCUGUCGAUCGGUUAGCGAUUAAUAUAUUAUAGAGAA